GUCGAACCUGAAUUCGAUUUGGAUUUUAAAGAUUUUACAUAAUAGAGUACUUACUAUGCUUUAAAAUGUUGUCUAGUCGAAUAUAUCUACGUAAUUCCUUUCUAUUACUAACAUCCAGGAACACAAGUACUACAAAUGAAGCAAAAUCAAUGCAAACACCGAAUCCCACAAAAAUCAACUGUGACAUGGUUGGACCCCCUGAUCCCGUGUCGAAUUUACGAAAGGUUAUUUACAAACAGCCUGCAAAUGAAACGGAUUUAGAAAAAAGGUACAGGGAGCUCCGGAUGGAAGUUCAGAAAUGGAACCAAAACUUCUGGACACAACACAAUUCGAGAUUUUUUCAGGAAAGAGAAGAUUACCUUAAAAAGAACUUACCUGAAGGCAAACAGAACUUGACAGCUGAUGAGAUGAGUGUCUUCUACAAAGCCUACCUGGAUAAAAACUGGAAAGCACACAUUACUUAUAAUAUAGAGUGGUACAAGAAAAAUAUUACUCUUUUAAGUUUAGCGAUACAAGUGAAACUUAGAAGAUUAUUUAGAUUAAAAAGUAAUAAGUAGUUA